AUGGCUCCCAAAGACCUUGCUAAGACCAUGAAUGGAUUCGCCAUUGGCAUCAUUGGGAUGGGCGAUAUGGGGAAGAUGUAUGCUCGGAGGCUCAGCGAUGCUGGAUGGAGGGUCAAUGCUUGUGACACAGAGGAGAAAUACCAGAGCCUGUGUGAGGAAUUUGCAAAUAGAAAGCAAAUAAAAAUAUUCCCAAAUGGACAUCUUGUUUCCCGGGCAAGCGACUACAUCAUCUAUAGCGUGGAGGCGGCGUCGAUUGAUAAAGUUGUUGCACUCUACGGACCAUCUACAAAACAACAUGCUAUAGUUGGUGGCCAAACUUCGUGCAAGGCUCCAGAGAUUUCGGCCUUCGAAAAACAUCUCCCUGAGGAUGUCGACAUUGUUUCUUGCCACUCCCUUCAUGGCCCAAGCGUUGAUCCUCGUGGCCAGCCAUUGGUCAUGAUUAAACACCGAGCUUCCCAAGAGAACUUCGACAAGGUUGAAUACGCUCUUUCCUGCCUGGGCUCAACUCACGUCCACCUCUCGGCCGCACAACAUGACAAGAUUACAGCAGACACGCAGGCUGUGACCCACGCCGCCUUCCUCAGUAUGGGGAAAGCCUGGCAUGCCAACUCUCAAUUUCCUUGGGAAAUUGACCGCUAUGUUGGCGGCAUUGAAAACGUGAAGAUAAACCUAACAUUGAGAAUCUAUUCCCAGAAAUGGCACGUGUACGCAGGGCUUGCCAUCCUCAAUCCUUAUGCCAAAAAACAGAUUCGUCAAUAUGCACAGUCUGUUACAGACUUAUACAAGCUGAUGCUUGGCGGGCAUCGUAAGGAGCUCGAGAGGAGGAUCAAGAAAGCAGGUGCUGCGGUCUUCGGCGACCAAAAAUGGGAAGGCGAGCUGCUUCUCAAGGACGAGGUUCUGGAUCGCUUUUCGCUGGGCAAAAAGCCCGAGAAGCCUGUACCGAAUAACCAUUUGAGUCUACUGGCAAUGGUGGAUUGUUGGUCGCAGUUGGGUAUCGUCCCUUACGACCACAUGAUAUGCUCCACGCCAUUAUUCCGCCUCUGGCUUGGUGUGACAGAAUACUUGUUCCGUAAACCAACCCUGCUGGAUGAAGUCAUUCGCGUUGCACUUGAAGACGACACUUUCCGGUCAGAUGAUUUAGAGUUUACGUUCGCUGCUAGAGGCUGGUCUGAUUGUGUUACAUUUGGGGAUUUUGAGUCCUGGAAGGAUCGCUUUCAGAGCACGCAGAAGUUCUUUGAGCCUAGAUUUGCAGAUGCAACGAAGGUGGGCAAUGAGAUGAUGAAAACUAUCCUGGAAAAUACUGCUAGGUAG